AAGAGAUCGACUUUUUGAUCGAGAAACAUGUCGAUGGCCGGAAAAAAUGGCGACCUUCAUCUGGUUAUGUUUCCUUUCUUGGCAUUUGGUCACAUUAGUCCCUUUGUUCAGCUUUCAAAUAAGCUAUCCUCCUAUCCCGGUGUCAAGAUUUCUUUCUUAACCGCCGCCGCCAAUGUCCGCCGUGUGGAAUCCAUGCUCAACCCCACCACUGAAAUCAUCUCUUUCACUCUGCCGCCGGUCGCCGGCCUCCCUCCAGGGGUGGAAAGCACCUCCGACACCUCCCCAGCCACCGUCGAACUCCUGAAAGUUGCUUUAGAUCUCACGCAACCACAGAUCAAGGCGUUGUUAACAGACCUUAAACCUCAUUUCGUUUUCUUCGACUUUGCACAAUCUUGGUUGCCACCAAUGGCGUCUGAUCUCGGCAUCAAAUCCAUAUAUUUUUCAGUUUUUUUGACGAUUUCCACCGCGUUUAUGAUUGUUCCGUCGUGGCUCCGCCACCAUACGACACCACCAACUAUCGAAGAAAUCAAGAGACCACCACCUGGGCUCCCAGCAACCAUCAAUCCCAAGACUUUCGAAGUUCGAGAUUUUCAGUACGUAUUCAAAAGCUUCCAUGGCACUCCAAGUGUAUUCAACCGUUUGAUGAAAUGCUUCAAUGAAUGCGACGCCAUACUCAUCAAAUCAUGUACAGAAAUGGAAGGACCCUACAUUGAUUACGUCAGCAACCAGCUCGGAAAACAAAUUCUCCUCGUCGGUCCGGUGGUUCCUGAACCACAUUCCGGCGAACUAGAAGAGAAAUGGUCCAACUGGUUAAACCACUUCCCACCCAAAUCGGUAAUAUAUUGUUCUUUCGGAAGUGAAACCUUUUUAACCGACGAUCAGAUUAACGAACUAUCUUUAGGGUUGGAACUCGCCGGAUUUCCAUUCUUCCUCGUUUUAAAUUUUCCGGCGAACCUCGAUGGCUCUGCAGAACUGAAACGAACACUUCCAGAAGGGUUUCUGGAGAGGAUAAAGGAUAGAGGGGUGGUUCACUCAGGGUGGGUGCAACAACGACACAUCUUGGCGCACGAUAGCGUAGGGUGCUAUGUCUGCCAUGCCGGUUACAGCUCAGUGGUUGAAGGUCUGGUUAACGACUGUCAGCUGGUGAUGCUGCCAUUGAAGGGCGAUCAGUUGGUGAACUCGAAAUUAAUGGCGUUUGAUUUGAGGGUUGGUGUGGAAGUAAAUCGGAGAGAUGAAGAUGGGUAUUUUGGGAAAGAAGAUAUUAGUGAAGGUGUGAGGAGAGUUAUGGCGGAUGUUGAAGAUGAAGAAGGUGAAUCCAUAAGAGAGAAUCACAAGAAAUGGAAGGAGUUUUUGAAGAAUAAUGAGAUACAGAGUAAUUAUAUCAGAGAUUUGGUGGAGAAGAUGAAGGUUCUUUCUGGGAAAAUCACUUAAAUUAGUUUUUAAUUAUCGUUUAUAUGUUUUAAUUAUCGUUUUUAUGU